GAAACCGUAACUGUUGUGUUUAGGUAGAAAAUGUAUUUACAAUAAUUAUAAGAUAAGCGAAUAAAGUAGCAUCUUGCGUACUUCUCAAAUUAUCACUCAUUUUUCAUUUGUUUAUUAAGCGACCUUUGUUUCGAUUAAAAAUACUUCACGUAUCUCUGUGUACUUUGCAAUCGUAUCGUACUGAGCAAAUACCAUAAUAGUGAUAAUCUGAAUUAUCCGUAAUAUCAUGUAGAUGUGAUGUAGAUAAACUUACUUGACAAGUGAACUGAUUGAGAGAUAGCAGCCCGGGAUAAUUAAAGUGAUAAGAAUUUAUUUAAAUUUAUACGGAAAUGAGUGAGCGUCCGCAGCCACUGAAGGCCAUAAACAGGCUGUUUGAGGGUCGGGAGCCAUGGCAGAUCAUCACCAUGACUGCUUCCUCCGUGCUCGCUCUGGUGUGGGCACACAGUCUUUAUAAUCAUCAAGAACCCGUCACAAGCAGACUCCGCAAGGAAUUCUUCAGGUGGUUGCGUUCAGUGCCCUUCGUGAGACGCAUCGACGAGAAAAUGGCGGAAAUCAACAGGGACUUCCGGGCUGAUGUUACCAAGAGGCUUGCGGGGUUGACGAUCAGAAGGCAGCUACCAGAGAAGGGUCUUACUGCAGAGGAGGUGGCUGAGGAGGUUAGGGAUCACCUCACGCUGGGUGCGUACGACUGGAAGAAUGGCACAGUCUCUGGUGCCGUGUACCAUUUGAGCCAAGAGAUUGCCAAGGUGGCAACCGACGCGUACGCCCUAACGGCGUACACUAACCCCCUCCACGCUGACGUGUUCCCUGGCAUCAACAAAAUGGAAGCGGAGGUCGUGCGCAUGGCCGCCAACCUGUUCCAUGGCGACGAUGAAUGCUGCGGCACUGUAACCACUGGCGGUACAGAAUCCAUAAUAAUGGCCUGCAAGGCUUUCCGCGACCUCGCCUACAGCAAGGGCAUCACCAACCCUCAAAUAGUUGUUCCGUCUACCGCACACUCCGCGUUCGACAAGGCUGCUCAGUAUCUAGGUUUGGGCGUGGUCACGGUCAAAGUUGAUCAGAAGACUAUGACGGUGAAUGUGGACGAUGUGAGGAAGGCGAUAGGCAGGAGAACUUGCUUGGUAAGUAAAUGUACCAAUGCAGUUUCAGCAUUUCGUUUAAACACAAUUAUUUUUGUAACCUUAGAUUUCAGCCAUUCCCGGGACAUCAACGCGCUGUCCAACUUAGCACUCGAAUACGACGUUCCGCUCCAUGUUGAUGCGUGCCUGGGAGGCUUCGUGGCGGCCUUCAUGCCGGGGACUAGUCAUCCGGUGCCGGUGUUCGACUUCCGGCUGCCCGGGGUCGCUAGCAUGUCCGCUGAUACGCAUAAAUACGGAUUCGCGCCCAAAGGAACAUCAGUGGUGUUAUACCGCAAGCCGGAGUACAGACAUUGUCAGUACACUGUUACCACUGAAUGGCCGGGAGGCGUGUAUGGCUCACCCACUGUCAACGGCAGUAGAGCAGGAGGACUGAUAGCAGCUUGCUGGGCCACCAUGAUGUUUGUGGGGAAAUCCAGAUAUAUAACGAUGACGGACGAGAUUCUGGGAGUGACUAAAUAUAUCGAGGCUGAAUUACGCACAGUAGACGGCAUAUUCAUCUUCGGCAAGCCAGCGACGACGGUGAUCGCGUUCGGUUCGGAGAAGUUCGACAUUUUCAAGAUGGCGGAGCUGCUGCACAAGAAGGGGUGGAGUCUUAACGCUCUGCAGUUCCCUUCUGGGAUACACAUCUGUGUGACGCACGCACACACACAAUCUGGCGUGGCGGAGAGCUUCGUGAGCGACGUGCGAGAGACCGCCAAGACUUGUCUGCAGGAAUCUUGGCCCGUGCAAGGAAAGAUGGCGAUCUACGGUGUGGCUCAAGAGAUUUCCGACCGCAGUUUAGUCUCGGACAUCACAAAAUACUUCAUCGACUCCAUGUACUAUCUACCCACGCCUGAAGACAAGCUAUAACUCUAUAAACACCGUUUUUGAGCAAUUCCCGUUAAGUUUGUACAUUUGGAUCACGUCUCCGAUUUUGAUAAAAAUUGGUAG